AUGGGUUCCCUCAUCCUGCCCCUGACCGCCCUCCUCCUCUUCUUCCUCCAAACAACAACAGCCUGCGUCUACUUCAACGCCACCCUCAACAGCAACAACGCCCUCACAGUCGACAUGUGGGACGACGCCAACCAAGACCGCAUCCGCCAAUCCUCCGACCCAACCUGCACAGCCAGCAACCUCGCCUGCUCCGGCUCCAACCACUGGUCCGUCCCCUGCGUCAGCAACACAGGCGCACAGAACACUACGCUCGAAGUCUACCUCGACGCGCAGACGAAGCACUUCCUCCGCGUCGUGUAUCGCUAUCUCAACCCUUCAGCGGCAGACCGGCAGGUCAACCACGAUCCGGAGUUCAUCUUCACGUGGGAGGCGGGCAGUGUGGAUGGGGAGCAUUUCAAGACACGGCAGUUUUGUGAUGAUGUGUUGUAUGAUUUGGGGCUGUUUCAUGAUGGGUGUGAUAUUGGGAAUGCGAGGAAGCUUUGUGCGUGA